UUAAUUGAUUUAGCUUAUUUUUCUUCAUAUUUUCACCACAAAUUAUUUAUGAUCGCUCGAAUGGACAAACUGGCACUUGAUGCCUAGUCUUACCAGUUACCACACUGGUCAUGAAUUAUGAUAUCUUGUCAUGCAUGGCGCCUCCUCUGUUUCCAUGCUUGCCUUCGUGUACCCGCUGAAAGUGGCUCUGUCAGGGAAUUCUUGGGGUUUGCUAACAGGGAUGAUUAACGCUGUUCCGUAGGUGAAUUGUGUUAUUCCUCAUCACUCUUACGGUAAGAUACAUUCAUUUGAGCGACACUUAAUAUGGGACGGAGGAAGUAGGCAAUAGGCUAUGAGAACAUAAUUUAAUUUCCUUAGUCUGCAAAGUUACAAUUUUGCAAAAAUCUAACAAGUAAAUGACAGCGGCUCUUCACCACAAAUGAAAACAAACUAAAGGAAUAUGAAACUAACAGACGCUUCAAACUCAAAUCACGUGCCUAGAGAAGCAUGUGCCAACCCUGAAAUUCUUUGGCUUGGCGUAGUAGUUGAGUAACAGCUCUUGAUUUUUCGUACAUUUGUGUUCUGUCUUAUUCCUGUUUGCUCUGUGUGUGUACAUGCAUAAUACUUGUUGCAGGGUAUAAGACGGAGCUGUAGUUUUGGUGUGGUCAAGUAAACAGUGAUACUAGGGCAGCUGCAAGCCUGCAAUAUCGGUUGUUUCAUAUCAGGUCCACAAGCGGGUGGACGAGAAUCCCCAGAAGGCAACAUUGUCGUGAAUCACAAUGGAAUAUGGUAUGGUGGGAAAGUUCUACGACUGCCAAAGAAGAAUCUCCUUGAAUUCCUUUUUGCAGCUGAGGAACCUCGUGUGGGCUACUUCCAAGCAUGAUGUGUACGUGAUGCAGAACUAUUCUGUGAUGCACUGGUCAUCCCUACUCCGGAGAGGAAAAGAAGUGCUCAGUGUGGCAGGCCAAGUCACUCCAAAUCAGGGAGGCCGGCCCUUGUCAAGGGUGCAGAUCAGCACCAUGAUGGUGAAAGACAACCUGCUGGCCGCUGGUGGUUUCCAUGGGGAGCUGAUCUGCAAGUAUGUCGAUCAACCUGGAGCAGCAUUCUGUACGAACCUGACGGGCAACAAGAAAUCCAUCACCAAUGCCGUCGAGAUCUACGAAUCACCAAAUGGCUCCACCCGGGUGAUGGCUGCCAACAACGACUGCGUUGUUAGAACAUUUGACACGGAGAAGUACAGCCUGCUCACCCAGUUCCCCUUUGCGUGGUCCGUCAACAACAUGUCCGUCAGCCCCGACGGGAAGCUGCUCGCGGUGCUCGGUGACAGCUCCGACUGCCUCAUCGCCGAUUCCGCGUCCGGCAAGGAAAUCGCGAGCCUGCGCGGGCACGCGGACUACUCGUUCGCGUCGGCGUGGCACCCGGACGGGCGCGUCCUGGCCACGGGCAACCAGGACAGGACGUGCCGGCUGUGGGACGUGCGCAACCCGUCCGAGGCGUUUGCGGUGCUGGAGGGGAGGAUCGGCGCCGUCAGGGGGCUCAGGUUCUCGCCGGACGGCCGCUUCCUGGCCGCGGCGGAGCCGGCGGACUUCGUCUGCGUCUACGACGUGGCGGCGGGGUACGCCCGCGCGCAGGAGAUCGAUCUGUUCGGGGAGAUCGCCGGCGUGUUCUUCAGCCCUGACGACGGCGCGGAGGCGCUGUUCGUGGGCGUCGCCGACCGCACGUACGGCAGCCUGCUCGAGUUCCGCAGGCGGCGCCGCCACGCUUACCUGGACUGCUACCUGUGAAGUGGGCGGUGUGUCUGUUUUUUGCAGGGAAGUGUGCGGUGUAUUUAACGUGCCAAUCUUGUACUGCUACUACUUUUUUUCUUUGUACUGCUACUUUUUCUUUUUGCAGGACUUUGUACUGCUACUUGAGUGAAAGUAGGGCUAGAGCAAAGUGCGUGCCGUGUUUCGGCAUUUUUUUGCAUCGAAAUCGCAGGUGACUGUAUAUGAUCGACGCGGUCGCGUCCUUGGCUUGGCUGCCUCGUCAUAUAUCGAAUUUUGUGCGGCUGUGUUUCUUAG